GCUUGUGGCGCCGUCGCGCGGCGAGCGUGCUCCGGCGAACAGCAAUAGCGGCGUACGUGCUUCUUGUGUGGGGUGUCGGUGUUUAGCAGCCCGCGGUUCUGCACGGAGGAGUAGCGACGGGUUGCGACCGGCGCUUCAACGUGCAAGAUGUCGUCGUCGGACACCCAGGCGACGAACCGGACCUGGGAGCUGAGCCUGUACGAGCUGAACCGGACCCCGCAGGAGGUCAUCACGGACAGCACCGAGAUCGCCGUGUCGCCGCGCAGCCUGCACAGUGAGCUCAUGUGCCCCAUUUGCCUGGACAUGCUCAAGAACACCAUGACCACCAAGGAGUGCCUGCACCGCUUUUGUCAGGAGUGCAUCAUCACGGCGUUGCGCAGCGGCAACAAGGAGUGCCCGACGUGCCGCAAGAAGCUGGUGUCCAAGCGCUCGCUACGAGCGGACCCUAACUUCGACAUGCUCAUCGCCAAGAUCUACCCGAGCCGGGACGAGUACGAGGCCCACCAGGAGCGUGUCCUAGCCAAGCUGAACCGGCAGCACUCUCAAGCCCUGGCACACAGCAUUGAAGAGGGCAUGCGCAUGCAGGCUCUCAACCGCAACCAACGCGUGCGCAAGCAUGGCGGUGACGAGAACAACGGCAGUAGCGGACCGGCAACCCCAGCUGCCACCGCGUGCGUGUCGAUGCCAUCUACUGGCGCAACCUCAAACAGUGGCGGCCACCAGGUCGCGAGCACUGCCACCCCAACCACGCCCACCUCUUUCUCUGGGGCAGCUGCUCCUACGGCCAGCAGUACAGUGCAGCAGCAGCAGGUGCAGCAACAACAACAGCAACAGCAGCAGCAACAACACCAGCAGCAGGAGCAGCCGCAGCCGCAGCAGCAGCAACAAUCACCACCACCACAGCAGCCGCAGCAGUUGCAGCAGCAGCAGCCACCACUACGUCAGACACCGACCCCUGGCAGCUGCAGUGAUGCCACUAACCAGAGCAGCACCAGCAGUGUGGGCUCCUCGCAGCCGCGCAAGAGACCCAAGACCCAGCAGGCCGCGACCUGCUCCAACGACACGGAGUCCGCCGGAGGGGAGACCGAGGAGACAGACGCGGAGGACGGUGACGCCGCCCUCAACAGCGAGAUCGAGCUCGUGUUUAAGCCGCAGCCGCAAAUGAUGCUGGAGGACUCCAGUGCACAGGUCCGCUACAUCAAGACGACGGCAAAUGCAACUGUGGACCACCUCUCCAAGUACCUGGCGAUGCGUCUGGCCCUGGACAAGUUUGAGCAGGACGCGUCGGCUCCUCGCAGCGUGGCACCAUUCACCAUCUACAUUGCUGUUACACCUGGCCAGUUCACCCCCCUCCCGGGUAACAUGACGCUCGACCAGGUCAACGAGAAGUACUGGAAGGUCAACAAGCCCCUCGAGAUGUACUACGCCCACCGGAAGGCUUGAAGCAGCAGCAGCCCUGGAAAACUACCAGUGUGUUGUGAACUUGCGUGAUGUGUGCGCAUGCGUAGGUGUGCACCUGUGGCAAGACACAGCGUGGGCUCCCUUCUUACGUACAUUGGCAUCGUCACGGCGAAGGGUGAAAACGGUUACGUGGAGAAGCCACUCUGGUGCGGAAGCUGUGUGGUGUUUGGUUUACCUUAGCGCCCCCUGCUGCGUAAGAGUUUCUUAAUAUUACCUCGAGGGAAAAUUGGUGAUGCCAUGCUGUUGUGCGCAUGGGAAUGCCAGGAAGUGUGGGCUUCGGAUCUUUCUCUUCGGAGAGCCAGGACACAUUGAAGGCGUGUUUGGAGAACAGUGUUACGUUUGUCACAGUGGUUCGGUGCCGACUAAUGCAGUAUGUACAAUGGCGCGUUUCUUUUUUUUUUUUUCUGUCUCUGUUGUUAUGUGAGAACACUUUUUGUUCGAGCAUAAGCACUUGUGCCGUGUUUAUUUAUUACAUAGCGUGAGUAUUCUACAGUUACAUCAAAGAUGGAAAAGAAGUACUGGCUGGCAGUAGUACUGGGGGGUCGCUGUAGUUGGAAGAAAGAUUGAAUCUGCGCUUCCUGGACAUCAAUGUCAGUGGAAUGCUUAUGCUUUAUUUGUUUACUUGUGCUAUAUGUGAUUAAACUUCAGUGAACGAUGCACAGCAGAUUAAGUAAGUCUUUCUAUUAAGAUUUCGUUAUAAGAAAGCAGUUCUUUUGCAGAGAUAGCCAUGCCCUAGGCCAACCCGCAUUCGUGACAAGCCGAACCACUGUUUAACCACUUGUAUUCCGGCAUUCCAUUGUUGGGCCCAUUGAGAAACUCGCAUAGAAAGUGGCAUCAGAUUUCCCCCUGGGUAGUGUUGUAAGAAACUCUUACGUCAUUCCCCACUCUUCCAUUUCUCUCAUUUUUCACCCUCCCCUUUUCCUUGCGUCUGUGACAAGUGUUCAGCACCGACUCUGGGUGCCUACGUGUGUGCAAGUUGUCCGUGCUGGGCGAUGCCAGUGUGGACCGAGUGACGUGUAAAAGAAGAGGUACGGAGUGUCGUUUGACGAUUGGCAGUGUCAGUAGAACUGACUGCAAUCCUUCGAGGCCACAUCCUUUGAAGGCAGCCAAGAUCUUGAGCACAAUGGACUUCUCGCAUUAUUGUUCUGCCACUGAUUGUAAGUCCAUUAUUUUCCUUUUUGUUUUUUCCAAUGAACAAGGAAUUAUCAGCUUCCCGCGUGGUAGCAUUUCAAUAUUGUAAAUAUUUUCUGAUGCCCAAAAUACAAUGCUCAAAGCAUUU